UGAGAAGAGAAGCAGAAAGAGAAGAUAAACAGAGACUAUGAGUAACCCAAAACCAUCUUAUCCCUCCUCAUUCAUCACUCCUAAGAAAACCCAUUUCUUAAGUACCAAGAAAACCAUAGAUCCUCUCAUCAAUGAAGAAGAAGAAGAAGAAGAAGAACUCCGUAGAUGGCCAACUCCUGAUGAUGUAGUGGAGGAAAUCAAGGCCAUAGGGAAGAUAUCAGGGCCAUCAGUUCUCACGGGUCUGCUAUUAUACUCUAGAGCAAUGAUUUCCAUGCUCUUCUUGGGGUACCUUGGAGAGCUAGAGUUAGCAGGUGGGUCCCUCUCCAUCGGCUUCGCUAACAUCACCGGCUACUCUGUCAUCUCCGGUCUUGCCAUGGGAAUGGAACCCAUUUGUGGUCAAGCAUACGGUGCCAAACAAUGGAAACUUCUAGGCUUAACCCUUCAACGAACAGUACUUCUUCUUCUCACAACCUCAAUUCCUAUAUCCUUUAUGUGGCUCAACAUGAAUCGAAUCCUCUUAUGGUGCGGCCAAGACGAAGCCAUCUCAUCUGUGGCCCACUUCUUCAUCAUCUUCUCCAUUCCUGACCUUUUCUUCCUCUCUCUCCUCCACCCUCUUCGAAUCUAUCUCAGAACACAGAGCAUCACAUUACCCGUCACUUACUGCUCCGCCAUCUCUGUUCUUCUCCACAUACCUCUGAAUUUCCUAUUAGUGGUCCAUUUCAAGAUGGGCAUAGCAGGAGUAGCCAUAGCCAUGGUAUGGACCAAUCUCAAUCUGUUCGUUCUUUUGUCAGCCUUCGUUUUCUUCUCUGGCGUGUACAGAGACUCAUGGGUUUCGCCCAGUAUGGACUGCCUGCGAGGGUGGUCGACGCUGCUGAGCCUCGCCGUGCCCACAUGCCUCUCAGUGUGCUUAGAGUGGUGGUGGUACGAGCUCAUGAUAAUGCUGUGUGGGUUACUUGUCAAUCCAAAAGCCACCAUUGCUUCAAUGGGGAUUCUCAUCCAGACAACCUCAUUAGUCUACGUCUUCCCUUCCGCUCUCAGCUUGGGCGUGUCUACCAGGGUCGGAAACGAACUGGGUUCGAACCGGCCGGCCAAGGCCCGCAUCUCUAUGAUCGUGUCGAUGGUUAUAGCUGUGGGGGUGGGACUUGCGGCCAUGUUGUUCACUACGUUGAUGAGGCACAAGUGGGGAAGGUUCUUCACCAAUGAUGCCGAGAUUCUGGAACUCACAGCAAUGGCGUUGCCAAUUGCGGGACUGUGUGAGCUAGGGAAUUGUCCACAGACGACUGGGUGUGGGGUACUGAGAGGAUGCGCAAGGCCCACCACGGGAGCAAAUAUUAAUUUGGGAUCUUUCUACUUGGUGGGUAUGCCUGUGGCUAUCUUCUUGGGUUUUGGGGCUAAAAUGGGUUUUCCUGGGCUUUGGUUCGGUUUGCUUGCAGCUCAGGCCACAUGUGCUCUACUCAUGGUGUAUGUGCUGGCCACUACAGAUUGGGUGGUGCAAGUAGAGAGAGCGAAGCUACUCACUCAAGCUUCAUUACCAUCUUCUUCUUCCUGCACCAACAAGGAAGUAAAGAAAGUGGAUAAUUUGGAGGAAAUUUUAUGCAUUAAUGAUGGGUUAGUGAAGCCAGCUUUGGUGGAGACAAGAACAGAUACAGAUGCAGAUACAGAGACAGACCCUUUGAUAUCUACUACUAUAGUGAAUUAG